UGAAAGUGUCUUGUCGUUUCUUCCUUCGAUUCCUCCGGUUACGUGCUAUCUUGUCUGUCGGACUUCACGCCUCGCACUAGAACUAGCGCGGUAAGUUACUAAGUGUUGGCUCUGAACGGACUUGAGCACAGGCAGGCUAUACGAUUGUCCUUUUGAUCCUGCCUUGUCCAGAGCAUUCUCUUCAAGUUCUCGUCUUCAUUGCCGCUACCAGCCGUGAGGCCAUAAUGUCGAACCUUGAGGUUUUUGGAGCCGUUGCUACCCUCGUAUCAGCGUUCCAUGGCGGUGCCGAGCUGAUUCCGCGGAUAAAGACGAGGAAAGGGCGGCGCGGCAGCAAGACGCAGAACGAAGAAUCUGAAAGAAAGCAGCUCCAAAAGUCUCUUGAGACAGCAGAAUCCGAAAUCGGCUCCCAUUAUGCUGCCCAUAUUGAGAGACUCGGGGACAUGGUGAGGAUUGGUGAUGUCAUCGCACGCGACCGCCUACUCCACAUUGCUGUUGUAAUCCAGACGGAUAUUAUCAUGAGUCUGCAGCUCGCAGUAAAAUACGAGAAUGCGCCACUAGACCUCAAGGCCCUUGAUGAGGCGUCGACAACAAACAAGAAGGACGCAGUCGACGCCCUAGACGAGUUGAAACAGAGGAUUCUGCUUAGGAGCCCGUGGCCACGGACAUUUGCAGGCACGCCUGAAGAUUCAAGUAACACGCGGGACUCGAUCCAGUCUGUGCAAACAUUACGGAGUCCUGCUUCCAGCCUCGCUGUAGACAGCCAUGUCUCGAAAGGAGAUUCGCAAGAUGCAAAGACCGGCUUAGCCCGCUACUUUGCCAUGAAACGGCGAAACGACAGUGUAUCAUCCAUUACUUCUACCAAAGCCCCCCAGCCUCUUACCUCUGACGGUGCCAACUUCCAUCCGGCGCUCAGUCACCUCUUGCAAGGCAAAACACCGGAGGAGCGGACGUCAGUCAUGAAGGAUAUUGACGAAAUUAUCGCUGCGUACCAAGGGUUGCGGGUGGAAGGGGACCGGGCAGACGCUUUCGCUAUACUGACUGGAAGUCAUGAUGGACCGAAACGGGAUACGCUGGCCGUAUUGAUGGGCGGAGACAAGAGGGAUACAGUGGGCUUGCACAAAGAGGCACUGCAGCUACUCAGGGAUCUCCCUCCCACCCCUGGGGAACGACAGGAGAACUUUCAAUACCCCGCCUACAACCAUAAUAUUCUCAACGAGGACGACGGGCGCCGGUUGAGCCAAUGGAUAGAGAAGCGGAAUGACGCACCCGCGCCGCCAGUACAGUCGCGAUGGUCGACCACCUCAGCCUCAAGCUCAGUAUACUCCCAGCGCACAGUAAAUUCCGACCCUCCUUCCCUAUAUCACUGCGACUCUACAUCCUCGCGUGGAUCGCCAAUCUCCCCCACCGAGCCGGAGACUCCUCACCCUUUCUUCUCCACCUACCGUAGUAACCCGGUGCAAGCCACCGUGCCUCCCGGGUUUUAUGACAACACGCACCAGGCUCGAGAGUCAUUACCCAGUCACAUUGCCGCCCAUCUCCGAACGCAGGGUCUGCCCAUUGCACCUCCUGUACCCUCCCAAAUGAACACACGUCCCGUCGCGCCAUUCUCGACCCCGCUACGCACCCUUACACCUCCCAAUGCGUCCUUCACAGUCCCACCGCGACCACGAACGCCAGUCAGGGACACACCAGUCUGGAACCCCAACAGCGGACUCCCAACAAGCAGCAUGCGCCUGCCAUUCGCCCCAGGGCAAGACCGCUCCAGCAUAAUCCCCUCUCCUCUCGCCCCAGCUCGCUCCAGUUCAGGCCCCAACCUCGCCAUCACCACUAGCACCAUCCUCGGCCCCACCGCCGACCAACAAAAGAUGAUGGACGGCCGUCCCUGCAAAAGCAACAACUACUGGGGCUUCUGCAAAGGCGCGUGGGCAGUCCGCGAAGAUUUGAAGAAGGGCCUGGGUCUCGAAACGCGGCCCGAGGGUAUGUACAAUACCUCGCAAAUUUGGACCUGUAAACACUGCUCCUUCUCUGGCGCUUCGUUCAGCACCCCGCACCCCACCAAGAAAAACAAGAAAGAGGUGGUUGUCGACCCGAAUAUCUACGUCUCCGCUGUUGGCAUCCGCUACCGCUGGAUUUUCCUCGCCAAGUCCCACGUCAAGAAGAGAUCGCCCGCUUCCUCCGAUCCUUCGGGCACGAAGUCCGUGGCGGCGAAGAAGGGGGCUAUGGAUGAGGGCUGCAACUACGGGUGCGUGAUUUGCAGUGUCGAGGGCAAUGUGACGGGCAUCUUUGGCAAUGUGGAAACACUGAUGAAUCAUGUGUUUAUGGAGCACGUGCGACCGGGCGGCAUGAGCGAGAGCGCGCUGGCGAGAAGCAAGUGCGUCAUGGGGAGGAUGGCGGGCGCGGAUGAGGAGUGGGAUAUCAAUAUUCCCGUGGAGAACGUGCUGCAGGUUUGAGAUCGAAGCUCGUGCUUUCAACGGAGCAGAUCUAGGGGUUCUUUUUCCUGUCAGGUUCCUUUCGUUGGACUAUUUCUUUACUAGGCCGAUCCUCUUUUUCU